UAUUCACACUUGUUUGCAUUUCUGGAUAUCAGGUUUUUCCUCAUGGCAACUUUAAAGAAGUCUUGUUAUUUAUGAUUUUGGAGUAGUUUCUCAACAUCAAGUUAAUAGGACUCAAAACUGAAAUGAAGAACCAGUCAAGAGAGAUACAGUUCAUUCCCCUGGGACUCACAGAUGACCCACAGUUGCAAAUUGUGAUGUUUAUUUUUCUCUUUCUCAACUACAUUUUGAGUGUGAUGGGGAACUUAUCCAUCAUUCUCCUUACCCUACUUGAUCCUCGCCUGAAGACUCCCAUGUAUUUCUUCCUACGAAAUUUCUCCUUCUUGGAAAUCUUAUUGAUAACAAUCUGUAUUCCUAGAUUCCUAACAACCAUUGUGACUAAAAACAAAAUCAUUUCCUACAAUGAUUGUGUAUCUCAAUUAUUCUUUUUUCUUUUCUUAGGAGUUACAGAGUUUUACCUUCUGGCUGCCAUGUCGUAUGACCGUUAUGUAGCCAUCUGCAAACCCCUUCAUUACCCCUUCAUUAUGAGAAGCAAAGUGAGCUACGAACUUGUACUCAGUUCAUGGACAGCUGGCUUUCUGAUUACUUUUCCACCAUUGGUCAUGGGACUAAAACUGGAAUUCUGUGCUUCCAAAGUAAUUGAUCAUUUCAUGUGUGACACUUCUCCUAUCUUGCAGAUUUCUUGCACAGACACUCACUUCUUAGAAAUGAUUUCAUUUGUUUCAGUAGUUGUAACCCUUGUGGUCACACUACUCUUAGUAAUUCUUUCCUAUACAUAUAUAGUCAAGACCAUUCUAAAAAUCCCCUCUGCUCAGAAAAGAACAAAAGCUUUUUCCACUUGUUCUUCCCACAUGGCUGUAGUCUCCCUUACUUAUGGUAGCUGUAUCUUCAUUUACAUGAAGCCAUCAGCAAAAGAAAGGGUGACUUUAUCCAAAGGUGUAGCUGUUAUCUAUACCUCAGUUGCCCCUUUACUCAAUCCCUUCAUUUACAGUCUUAGGAACCAGCAAGUGAAACAAGCUUUCAAGGAUACACUUAAAAAAGUUUUCAUUUUCUUGAAAAAUAAGGAAAAAAAUUAA